AGUAUUGGGACUUGCCUGAAGUUGUGAGAUAAAAGUUGCUUGAGAAAUUAAGUUUUCAUGAAUGGUUCCGUAAAACAUAAAUUAAACCACAAUAUUAACUUUUGUUCCCAAAAUUGUUAGAAAAUUAAAUAACAUUGAGCUGCUAUAAAAAAAAUGGAAAAUUAAAGGAAAUUAUAUUUUUGCCGGUGUUUAAUGAUCUCUACGUGAUAUUAACUGGCUGUUUGUGCCAACAUAAAUCUUUCCCAGUACUGAACACAUUUGUCAUUGUAGGUCUAUAGGCCUGUUUAUCCGUAUCUGAAACUUAUUUAUGAUACUGAUCAUCAGAGUUUCAAAAUUUAGACGAAACUGAACUCAGACUUGAAGAGUUUCUACUUCGCCAUGUUGUUUCUUUACAUGAAGACAAUUUUAAUUUUGCAUAUUCCUUCACAUAAAGUUCACAUGCAGACAGCAGUUUUGCCGUUUUCUUUGAAUGUAACAUACGACCACCAUAAUUUCAUUUCUACUACAAAUUAUAAAAUUCUACAUUGCACUCGCUAUUUGCGAAAAGCAUAAUUCGUUUAUUUUUGAGCGAUAUUUUAGCCUUGAUUCACACUAGAGACACACAAAUAUGAGGGACGCUAUUUUACCUGUGGCCACGCUUACAGUAGAUACUGCAUACUUUACUAAGAAUAUGACAGCAGUUUUACUCAGUUCUGAUACUUGACCGUUUUAAUUGCAUGAAUUACGCAGCUUACUACUUUUAAACGACAAUUUUGAAGUCACACAGUUAAUCUGCACAGGUUAACUGAUCGUGUGUAGGGUUCUUAACAGCGCUUGGCCUUACGAAGGUCAUUACGAUAUCUUCGUUUUCCUCCCCUAACACAGACAUGCAGUGGUGUAUCGUUUGUGGAAGCCUUAUCAGUGGGAUGGUAUGACAAAUCAAGCAGUCAAAUUACCUUCCCAUCAUUCGUUAGUCUCUGAUUACCCAUCAGUCAACGCUAGAAAGAAAAAUGACUCACAACAGCGCCAUUUCUCAAGCUCAGCGAGGCACGUGUUCGGUUAUGUGUCGUGCUUGUACGAUACGUUUGUAAUUAAAACAUGUUUUACUUUAGGUGAAGUGCCUCAAGUGAAAUAACUCGUGCUUAACAUACUCGUGUUUGUUGAAAGUGUGUUGCGAGAACGAUUUCCGAAGUGUUUGAAAUUGUAGAAAACAAAUCCAGUCUUAAAACCGGAUUUCGUGCGUGUGCCUGUUUAAUGUGUACAUUUUACUUCCGACCCAACAACAACGCCUGAAGCCAUGACACCGAAGUUUCAUGCAAAAGGGGAGAGACCACAGUGCGAUCCAACAUCCCGCUCUUUGCCAUACGACAGAUGGGAGACGCAUCGAUAGAGAACAUCGCAGUCGAGUGGUUCCGUGUUGUCCCAGAACGUACCCACAGUGCUGCAGUAACAACAUUGGGUUAGAGAAGUGCCCGGUUUGAAACUGAUAACGGUGAAGUCGUAUGUUGAAAGGCAACCAACACCAUACAGGUGGAGGCCUGACAUAUUAGGUCUUUACCUGAUGUGACGCAUGAAUGACAGAACGCGGACAUCUUAUGUACAUUUCUUUAAAGAUGGCGCAAAUUUGGACGUGCGUCUUAACGCUGUGUAGCGUGGAGUUAGUUGCACUUGGCUUCGAGCCCGAUUUCUUGUAUCCGUUGGAGAACGUCACGAUACCACAAGGUCGAGACGCCAUGUUUACGUGUGUCGUCAACAACUUGGGCGGAUACAGGGUGAGUGCCGACCUCGCCCCAGCCAGGGUGGCGUGGAUCAAGGCAGAUACAAAAGCCAUUCUUGCUAUUCACGAACACGUGAUCACCAACAAUGCACGGCUUUCAGUUACACAUAACGAUUUCAACACGUGGACCCUAAAUUUACGCGGGGUGAAGAGGGAGGACCGUGGUCAGUACAUGUGCCAAGUGAACACGGACCCUAUGAAGAGCCAGACGGCUUUUCUGGAAGUGGUAAUACCUCCAGAUAUUAUUUACGAAGAAACCUCUGGAGACCUGAUGGUUCCCGAAGGAGGGUCCGCGAAAUUGGUGUGUAAGGCUCGGGGAUUUCCAAAGCCACGGGUGAUCUGGAGAAGGGAAGAUGGCGGCGAAAUCAUUCUCCGCGGAGGACCCUCUACGAAAACACGAGUUCAGUCGGUGGAGGGCGAAGUGUUAUCCCUAACCAAGGUGACGCGGUCAGAGAUGGGUGCCUACCUGUGUAUCGCGGCCAAUGGCGUUCCUCCUUCUGUUAGCAAACGCAUGAUGGUUCAUGUCCAUUUUCAUCCACUCAUUCAAGUCCCAAACCAACUAGUAGGUGCUCCAACAGGCACAGAUGUGUCUCUGCAGUGUAACGUAGAAGCCUCGCCAAAGGCAAUCAACUAUUGGACCAGGGAUACUGGUGAAAUGAUAAUUGCCAACGACAAGUAUAACAUGACGGAGAUCAACAGCUCUUACUAUAGCGUUCAAAUGCGUCUCACCAUUAGAAAUUUCCGCAAAUCCGACUUUGGAGGUUAUAAAUGUAUCUCCAAAAACUCUAUCGGUGACGCUGAAGGCAACAUACGUCUAUACGAAAUGGAGUUGCCAAACCGAGUGAAGAGCCAUUUGGAGCGAGAUGACCUGGACUUAGAAGCCAGCAAUGAGGCUGACGGUGAGUCAGGACAUCUUUACAACGGCUACCAGGGCCCUCUGCGGGAACCUGGAGCAGGCAGUGCUGUAGGUGGCGCGUCUACCGUCGGCGAAACUGGGAACGAAGGGUCUUCAGUUGCAAGCAGCUGGCUUCGCGUGUCUCGUCUCUUCAGCAUUAUCGUCCUCAUCCAUUUAAUGUGAAGAGAUCUGUAGACGCCAUAUUGGCUCAGGUGUUUUAGAAACGUCACAUCGGUGUCGCCUGUUUAACUCGUGUAUUUGUUUUUGUGACGCGCAAACUUCGAUAUAUCGAAUGACAGCGUGUCGAUACACUGUCGUCUGUGGAAAUAAUACAAUGCGUUUCAUAAAAAAAAAUAAACUUUUAUAGCCCAAUGACAUGGAAUGAGCGUUGUAGCGGCUUUUUGCUUGUGAGUUGUAAACUGAAACAUACAUGGAUUCGAGUAAUAUGGUGGCUAGCCAAACUUAUGACCAUAAUCCCGAUUCUGACAAGGCUCAGAUAACUGUAGAAGCAUACUGGAACAUAUUGGCAUGAUGGCAUAUUGUAGCUGCGUAAAAAAAACUUUAAACAUCAUGAAUAUCACAUCGUAAUAAGCUUUCUAUUUUGAAAAAUAAUGCAUUCCUAAGAGACAUAUUGAUUGUAUAGAGAAUUUUUAAACUCCAGGGUUGUGUGAGGAAUUUUCGCAAAUUCCUGGAGAUGUACUGAGGAUAUUCAUGAUCACCAAAUGUAUUAUUAAAAUGGAGGAAGUCAAGGAAGUUGAGACGCGGAUGCUUGAGGGAGGUGGUAAAUGUACAGGAAUUAUAAUCGGAAAACCUAAAGGAAGGAGAUCAUUUGGAAGACCUGUGCAUAUUUAGAAUGAUAAUCCUAAAAUUUCUCCUAAUGGAACACGUUGAGGAUGCGGACAGGAUUUAUCUUCUUCAAGAUAUGGACCAGUAACUGGAUCUCGUAAUACGAUAAUGAAAUCGGUAUAUGACAAUUACUAUUACUGGAUUUCUGGUCUUGUCUGUCGUCUGGUAUUCUGAAAAGAAUACAACGUUUCGGAAACUGAAUCUGCUUCCGUUAUCAGGUCCAGUUAUUAAAGCUGUCUCUUUCUACGGAAUAACUGAGUAGGUACUUCUCAUCUCUUCACCUGAGGAUGGAAACAUAUCCAGGUUCCGAAACGUGUUGUUUUCGUAAUACCAGACGAUUCACAAGUCCAAAAAUGGAGUGAUAGUGUUGUCAGUAAAACUUAAGGUUUUAUACGACGCGGGGAGUAGCUAAGCUACUACUAGCUUCAAUAAAAGGAUUUAAGUUUCGUGGAGCCAAUUAAUAAUAAAAAAACUAAUAUUACAUAAAAAUAACAAUAUCCCCCAAAAAUUUGUGUCCGAAAUAAAUAAUUUAUAAAAUUAUUUUAGACAUUUAAUUUACCAACUUUUACCAAAUUCGGUACAUUAAAUAGUGUUUAUUAAGUGAGAUUUAAGGUUUUCACUGCAGUGACGAUAGUGAUGAUGAUGUUCUCCUGGGUUUUGGAGCCUUGUGGGAGAUGCUGACGUUUCGGAAAAGAGCCAGAACUCAGAAGAACAUCUUCAUUAUUACUUAAAAUAUCAAUCACUCUACGUGAUCAUUAAAAUAACUCCUGGUUUCUCAGAAAAAACAGCUAUUAUUUCCUUAAACAGCAUUAACAAAUGUAUUUUUAUAAUGGAGAUGCGUUUUUUUUUUCCUUUCCCGAAUGUUUAAAUAUUAUUUAGAUGAGCUUUGUGUUUCAGAGGGUUAUAACAUCGUAUUAUCUGAAUAAUUUAUAUAAACAAUUACACGGUCUGGCCGCUUUGCUUCAUGGGAAUCGGUCUGGAUGCUGUACGGAAGAGAAUAAUUCCUAUCCGUGCCAGGAAUCGAAAUUCGACCUUCAUUUUGUAAUCAAUAAUUUUACUAUCAGUAGGUAUACGGAAAAUUUUAUGGUUUUGGAUUUAUUUAUAACAAAUACUAAAAUCUUACGUUAUAAACUUUGUGACGACACGUGAUAAAACAUUAAUGUUGUGUAACUGUGUAAUACUACAUAAAUGUGUCAUACGUGUUUUAAAUAAAUAAUGUCACGCCCUUGUAAUUGUUCGCUAAUUUUGUCGACGUUCAUUUAAUUUCAGUUCUUACCGCAAAGAAACACUUCACAACUACAAUGAUCAGUCGGCGAACUCUGUUUAAGGAAAUAAUCUCUGUUGACACUAAGAAUCAUAAGAAACACGUAAAUAUAAAUGCAGACUUGUCGACUGACAUAUAAUUACCGCUACGUUUUAAAGGGAUAAUUGUACAUUUCAGUGUCUUCCAGAUUCUGAAAGCGCAGAAGGCUGUGCUAUUUUCGUGACAGUCUCGUGUGUUUUGUUUUGAUGUGAUGUAUCGCCGAUAUUUUUCAGGCUGAAAGAGAUAAAUUAUCAUCUGAUUCAUAAGUAACCAUUAUAAGUAAUAUGCAAGUAUCUCAUACACUACACGGAUGGUAGUGAUAAUAAAACCGAUAAAAUCCAAUUAUAAUUGGCAGACGUACGAAUCGUAUCGAUACGCCAUUAGUUUCCCAGUGUGGACUCUUAUUUUGAGUCUUACAGUUUCUGUUUCAGCAUUAUUUAUUCAGUCUCUUAACAAUAAACCGAAAAAUGUUUGCAGAGAAAGUAUAAAAUUUUACAUUUCUUAUGGAAAAAGUUCUUUCUCUUACGAGUACCGCAGAAUAAGAAAGAGGUGUGAAACGCAAUUCCCAUAAUUCAUAUAUUACACGCUAGAAAGCGCUUGAAGUAGCGUAUCUCCAUGUUACAUUAAAAUUCUCUAGGGCAAUCAAUCGCGUCAACGUUGAGUUAAAGUGGUUGAUCGCUUGAAAGAAUUUUAUUGAAUUUAUUCUCCGUAAAACCCUUAAACCAUAAAUAUCUUCAUGUUGUCUGUCUAUUUAAAAUACGUUAUUUUCAUAAAUAUAUUUUUUUUCUUGGCAGUCAUAAAUUUCCCAGGAGUCUUCAGUUAUAUUUACUACAAUAAUUAAUAUAUUUAUUGACUUAAAUAAUAAAAAGUGAGAUACAAUGACAGAAACGCAUUGGUAUGGUACGUAUUUUAACCUACUGUGUACCUCCUUCGCGUAUAUUUCUAUGCGGGUCGGCAUAUGAAAUAAUUCUUCGCUAAUUAAUACAGAGUGCGUAAGUGCGAUCUUUACAUUUACGAGAAUGAUUGAAAAAAAAAUCAAAGCUGUCUACACUAAUACAAAUUUUAGGAUAGGGACAAAAUACUGUAUUAGUGUCUAUCGUUCGAAACGAUAAUAAAGAAAUCCAUGCAUUGUACGACAUUUAAACGUAGUAACUCGAAUGAUAUCGAAUCUUGAACUGAUAUUUUAAAGCAUUGGCCGAGUAUAGACGUGCGUCUUAACAUAGGCUGACAUCCUAUCCAAAAUAAAAAUGCAAUGGAGACGUUUGGAUCUACCUCAGAAAAUUCAUCUUCCCGUUUGAAACCUGUAACUGGUAAAUUAACAAACUCUACAUUAGAAUUAUCUAAACCUUCGACUGAAGAAGUUUAUGGUCUAUGUUCGCGGGUCUUGCUUUCAUUGACUGUUAUAAUCACUGUCUUCUGCCUCUUCACUAUCAAACGGUCCUGACAAACAAGCUCUCUAAACUAAUUCCUUCAUGAAUGAACUGAAAAACUGCAGAUGGAUCUGCCCGAAACUUGGAUCUAAAUCACAUUUAAACCACCGUCGCGUAUCGGCUUUUGUGAAACCAAAAAACACGUCUUCUUCCACAAACGACAUCGCUUAUUUCUACUGCUACUACCGCGCACCUAGUGGGAUACUCGUGCAUUAGAUUCUGCGAGUAUAUUUAGCCGCUGUUUUGGCAGGCACCGUCUUUCCGCUAUGCGCGAUCAUUUCGUCGGGUACUAGACCCAGCGGCACAGCCGUCAAAAGUCCCCACUCUUUUUAACUAUCCAAUUUUUUUUAUUACUUGAUACUGUAGGCAGAUUUGAUUUACAUACAUUUUAAUUGUGCUAAGAUCACUUAUAAUCGCCAUAAAAAAUGUUAUACAAUGUCCAAGACUGUAUAAUGCGUAUACGACAACAUAUGACAAAACCCCUCCAAAUAUAUAUAUAUAUAUAUGAAGAUUCCCGUUUUGAUCGUAAAGAUUGAAUUUAAAAUGAGUUUUAUUAAAGAUAUUGACAAGGAUCAUAUAAGUAACCUGAGUGUGUCUGAAAAGCUAUGAAACACGAAAAGUCAAAUGGAAAAUGAUAAAAUAUUUUUUUUUCGCAGUAUAAUGCUUCAGACAGUGUGACAGUUUUAUAUGCCUACUUAUGUAACUUGUAUAUAAGACAUGUAUGAUACUAAUGUUUGGUGGUAACUAAUACUGUGAACUGUUAAGAUGUAGAGAGCCAACUCUGUUUCCAUGUGCCAAAAAAAUAAUACGUUGAUAUACGUGGCCAGCCCUCUGUCGUAUAUCAAGCGAAUGUUCUUUGUGUGAACUUACAGCGUUUGACACAGUGGUAACUAAUCCGACCACUAACAUAUCGUCAUGAUGUGGUACACAAGAGUUCGUAUUAAGUUUCUCUUUUGUCAUUUAUACCUUGUUUAAUUAAACGAGUGGCUGUUUAAGUAACGUCAGUUGAUAUUUUUCGUGAGCUCUAACGCAGUUGAUAUGUGGAAAUAUUAACACGCCUUGAUGUUUAACGAUCAUAAACAUGUUUCUGAAACCAGUUUUUGUUCUUUGAUACGAAAAAAUUUAUUUUUAAGACGUGAAUAUGGGGACAACUAAUCAUGCCUUUAUAACUGUUUUGAUCUGUAACACGUUUUAAACGGUCUGACAAAAUGUAUUUUGAAUAGUACGUAACAUCAUCAAUAAAAUGUUAAAUGGUUCUUCUACAUAAAAUAACACUGACCGCUACAAGUUUUUAUUAACAAUUAACAGACCAAUCCAGUUUUACCAAACUCGUAGUGUGAAAACCGCUAAUAACAAACCCGCCAUUUUCGUGUUCGCGUGAGAUUCUUCUUAAGGUUUGUAUUCCAUGUUCUUUGCCUUCGAAUUGACAGUUUCCAUGGUUAAUUUGUAUAACCAUGAAGUACCCUGAAUUGCCUUGUGAAAUGUCUACUGUUUACAAGUUAUUAAUUUAUUUCAAAAACUUUGGGACGGUUGUAAAAAUUUACAGUUACGAUAUAUAUCGUGACUUUGUACCAUUCGUGAACUGACGUAACAAAAAAAUAUUAAAUGUUCAGAUUAAACAAAAAUCUGUUUAAUACGUACAUAUUUCGUCUAUAAUUGAUUUCAUCUGAUACUUUUCAUUGGUGUCGAAAUCAUCAAGGUUAUGUGAUAAAUCUAAUAUCAGCAUGGGAACUGGAUUGAACUGGCUAAAGGUAAGAUCCGACGGAGGACUUUUAUGAAGACGGUAAAUACAAUUUAUUCCAAAAUAUAAAAAUAAAAAAUUUUUGGUUCUCAGGCGAUUAGAAUGACAAUGCUAUAACGCUGUGUAGACUUGAGUUUGUUUCAACGAUAUGUUGGUAUCUAUUUAUUUAUACAUGACGUCACAACCCAGGACAACAUCGGAAAGAAAUUAAUUAAUUAACCACGGGAUUAAUUACUGACUUUUUACAUUGGAAUUAGUUAUCAUUACUUUACAGCCACUAAUCGAAUUACUUAGCUUACCUAAUUCCUCCCUUGCUUUCUGAAGUAAUUAUUACGAAGAUAAUCAGAAAUACGAUUAACACAAUUACAUUCCAAUCGGUCAUAAUUGAAACAUUAAUCGAAUAUCAGUAAAGUAUCUUGUCAUUUGGAUCCUGUACAAAUAAGAACGAUCCAGUCAGUAAUGUGAAUUAUAAUACGAAGUGGGUUUAGAUUUGUCACAACGCUUUAAUUAAUAAAGGCAUAUUUUAAAAUAUGAUUUUCCACUGUUGGAAUAUUUUGAUAGUUUACAUAGAAUUCGUAAGACUGUAUUCGUCAUUUAAAAUCUAGAAACGUAUCGUUAGAACUCAAUUCUAAUUAACUGACGUUAUUUAUAUUCAGCUCUGAAUGUAUCAGAUAUCGUGUAUAUUAAUGCCCGGUGGCAUUUUGCGCCAACAACAUAGAAGAAAUCAGUAUGUUAUGCGAGCGUAAACGAUGUACCAAUAAAAUAUUUUAAAUGGAA